GUAAUGACGUGCCGACAGCCACGAAGAAGAAGAAGCAGCAGUGAUGGCGACGGUGUAAGAUGGCGGUGCAGGUGGAGUUGUGUUGUUUGGAGAGUUUCCCGGCUCACCUGAGUCCCCUGGAUGUUCUCAUACUGAAAUCUCACCUUAGCUCAGUUUUCCAGGAUGACACCGACCCACCGACCGUCCUCUUCACCCCGCAGCGGCCUCGGGGCUCCGGGAGGCCGGGCAUUUUACUGCGCGUUCAGCCGACCACCGAGGAGGAGACUACGAGCUGCGGAGCGGGAAACUCCCCCAGAGCCGAGUCCGAGCACCGGGUCCGGCUCUUCACCAGCCGCCUCUUCCUGCGGCUCCACGGACUCCAGCGGAUGGGCAGCACGGGAACCGUCCGGGCUCUGGAGCCGGUCCCCCUGGACAGACUGGUGCUGGGAGCCCGCAGUCGGCAGAGCUUCCGCUGGGCUGGAGCCGAGCAGUUCACCGGAGGGCUGCUGGAGCUCUGCCGCCCGGAACAGUGGCUGCUGGCCCGGCGCGGAGACCCGCUGCUGCUGCCCCGACACCCGCUGCUGGGAGAGGACCCGGGACAGGUGCAGCAGCAGCUGUUGGAGCUGCUGGUGUUGGACUGCAGUCCUGUAACACAGGGACGGAUCACAGCUGACACCUCUGUGGUGCUCACAGACUGCUGGGAGUCAGUGGAGCCCCCAGGGGCCCCCUUGCCCUGCAGACCCCUCACACUGUGCGUGUCAGACUUCGCUCAUUACGCUGAUGGCUUGGGAGGGGGGCGGUCGCUUCUUGACAGCAGGAAGCUGCUGGGCUCGGGGUUCUCCGGCGUCCUGCAGGCGCUGGAGUGCAGGGUGGACGUUCGAGUGGUGGACACUCAGCGGUGGCUCGGGGUCAGAGGUCAGCAGGGAGCUGGCGUGGACGUGGACAGCUGUGUGUUUGUGAGCAAACAGCUGCUCCUCAGGCUGGGGCUGUUCAACCAGGAGUGGGUGAAGCUGUGGGGGCCUCCUGCGGGUCACGGCGACGCGUGCAGGCAGCGGCUGGUCUCCGUGCUGGUGGUGGAUUUAACGCAGAGUCCAGACCUGCAGAACCACGACGAGGUCGGUUUCAUUUCGCCAACUCUGUGGUUCAACAUGACCGGAGGAGACGUGAUCCCAGCGAACAGCUGCACUCUGAGGAUGAAGAGGUGGAAAUCGUCUCCUGCUUCUGCUGUGCCCGGCGCUCGACACUCUGACAGUUUCUGUCGCUCAGCUUCUCCAGCGUUCGCCACCGAAAUUCACAUCCAGCCGGUCGUGUCUCCACUGUAUAACAACGUCAGCUGCUGCGACAACCUGCUGUCUGCACACUUCAGUACGCCAAGACUGGUUUCACAGGGAGACAUCCUGACAGUUCCUGCUGAAAAUCAUCCCGACCUGCUGGAGAACAACUCAGAGGGAAUUCACAGGUGUCCAGUGCUGUUCUUCAGAGUGAAGAAGGUGUGUCCGUCUGCAGAGACAGAAGAAGAGGAAGGAGGAGGAGGAGCUUACCUGGCUGACAGACUGCACACCUCUCUCUACAUGGUGACCUUUGGCCUGUGUCUGUGUGUAACAGCAGCCCCUUUUACACAGAGUUAUAAAUCAAAAAAAAAAAUAAAAACAUUAGUGAUGUCAUCAUCCAUCUGAUUAUAACACAGCUACGAUCAGGAACAGCCGGCUUUUCAAAAGAAAAUGCAGCUUAUUCUCAUGACAUGUUCCUCCUUCAGUGUGUGUGUAGUUACACUUCCUGUUGUUACCUGUGUGCAGGUAGACUGUGUGAGUGUGUGUGCUGACACUCCUGCAGCGUCGGAGGUGAAGCUGAGCUCGGUGUUUCAGCGGGCCGACGCCCUGCAGCCCUGCGUCCUGCUGCUCAGGAACCUGCAGCUCCUGCUCACGGCUCGAGGAGGUGCAGAGGAGGACGGCAGAGUCCAGGCGGCGCUCUGCCAGCUGCUCCACAGCGCCCCCAGCAGUGUGGUGGUGGUGGCGACAGUCUGCAGACCUCGGGAGCUGUCUGCAGGUGUCAUGGCAGCGUUUGUCCACCAGGUGGCGUUGGAGAGCCCCACCGAGGAGCAGCGCCGCUCCAUACUGGUCAACCUGAGCCGAGACCUUCAGCUGGGGAGAGACGUCAACCUGGAGAGACUCGCCAAACUCACUGCAGGGUUCGUGUUGGGGGAUCUGAGUGCUCUGCUGGUGGAGGCUGGUCGAGCUGCCUGCAGGAGGCUGAUUCACACCUGUGGUUGUCGGCAGGAGGAGGAUCUGUGCUCCAGUGGAGUGACUAUCCUGAACCAGGACUUCACCUCCGCCCUGGAGACCCUGCAGGACGCCCAGUCCACGUCCAUUGGAGCCCCCAAGAUCCCUGAUGUGCGUUGGGAGGAUGUUGGAGGUCUGCAGCAGGUGAAGAAAGAGAUCCUGGACACAGUUCAGCUUCCUCUGCAGAGACCAGAGCUCCUGUCCCUGGGUCUGAACCGGACUGGAGUCCUGCUGUAUGGACCACCGGGAACAGGGAAAACUCUGCUGGCCAAAGCUGUGGCUACUGAGUGCUCCAUGACCUUCCUCAGUGUUAAAGGUCCGGAGCUCAUCAACAUGUACGUGGGUCAGAGUGAAGAGAACAUCAGAGAAGUGUUCGGCAGAGCGCGCUCAGCUGCUCCGUGUGUCGUCUUCUUUGAUGAGCUGGACUCUCUGGCUCCCAGCAGGGGGCGCAGUGGAGACUCUGGAGGGGUGAUGGACAGAGUCGUGUCUCAGCUGCUGGCCGAGCUCGAUGCUCUGCACUCGUCUGUUGGGGUUUUUGUGAUCGGAGCGACAAAUCGUCCGGACCUGUUGGACCAAUCACUGCUGAGGCCGGGCAGGUUCGAUAAACUGGUCUACAUUGGAAUCAACGAGGACCGAGCCUCUCAGCUGCAGGUCCUCCGAGCCAUCCUAAGAAAAUUCCAGCUGGACGCUGCUGUGGACCUGCAGCAGGUGGUGGAGCGCUGCCCCGAUCACAUGACCGGCGCCGACCUGUAUGCCCUCUGCUCAGACGCCAUGACGGCCGCCAUCAAGAGGAAGAUCUCUCUCAUCAACGAUGGUCUGGACACAGAAGACUCGCCUGUCCUUGUCUCCGUUGAGGAUUUCUCUUCAGCGUUAGAAAACUUCAUGCCGUCAGUUUCACACGAGGAGCUGCUGAGAUACAGAAACAUUCAACAGAAGCUCACUGCCAAGUAGAGACUGAUGAUGAUGAUGAUGAUGAUGAUUUUAAUGUUCACCACUCAGAUGAAGGUCUCAUUUAAAGCACAUAUCAACACUGUAAAAUACUGUAAAUGUAAAUAAUGUAAACAAAAGUUAAUUUAUGAAAUUCUGAGAUGUAAUUAUUAAAUAUUGCCGUUAACCUCGACUAAUGAAACCAGACGUUAGAGUUCAGUUUUUCUCUUGAUGGAACCAUCGCUACGUCAAAUGCUAAUGAUGGUUUCUAAAGGCUUUUCACAAAAAUCACUUUUACCAUUAACAAUUACUUGAUUAAUGUUGUGAUAUUCCAGCUCUGCGUUAACUGCAGUACCUCUGCCUCAUAUUCUUAUUCUUAUUACAUCAACUAUAACCAGUGUUAAAUAUACACAUGCAUAUAUAAUGUUGUAAAGCAACCUUUUAAAGGGUUGGAUCAUGUCGUGACACAGAAAUUUAAAAAUCAUAUCCAGGUGUGAAGGAGAGCUAAAAUGUUGGGAUUAAAGAAAAAGUCGCAAAACUUGAAAUAAUGCUGAUUUUAUCACUUUUGUCAAAACAAAAAUUGAAGUAGGCUUUUUUUUUUUUUUUUUAAUACUUUA